AGGCUUUCCCCCCUAUAAAGCUUCGCGAGGUGACUGGAAGCUGGAAAGGCUCUCCAGCAGCCACAGGGGGAGGAGGAGGAUGAAGAUGAAGCUGUGUGUGUCCGUGCGCGCGCAGCUGAUCUCAGUUCAGUCCGUCUGAGCUGAGCGGAAACUUUGGAUGCUUUUCUCGCUCUGGAGCUUCUUCUUCUUCAUGACCAUCUGAGCAGACUUCCUGUUCCGCCUCCACCAUGAGUGACAUCUACGAGUCCGCGGCCAACUCUCUGGGUUUGUUCAGCAGUCCCUGUCUCACCAAAGUGGAGCUCAGACUAACCUGUAAAGGGAUCUCAGACCGGGACGCUCUGUCCAAACCCGACCCCUGCAUUGUGCUCAACAUGCAGUCCCACGGACAGUGGAUGGAGGUGGAUCGGACGGAGGUGAUCCGCAGCUGUGUCAACCCCACCUACUCAAAGGUUUUCACGCUGGACUUUUAUUUUGAAGAGGUGCAGCGUCUGCGCUUUGAGCUGUACGACAUCAACAGCAGCCACAACGGCCUGAAGGAGGCGAUCUUCCUGGGAUCGGUGGAGUGCACGCUGGGACAGAUCAUCUCCCAGAGGAAACUGUCCAAAGCUCUGCUCAGACCUGGAGGCACGGUGGGGAAAGCCAUCAUCACGAUCACAGCAGAGGAGCUGACGGGCAACGACGACUACAUCGAGCUCUCCUUCAGCGCCAGGAAGCUGGAUGAUAAGGACUUCUUCAGUAAGUCGGAUCCGUUCCUGGAGAUCCACAGACUGAACGAUGACGCCACACUGCAGCUCGUCUACAGAACUGAGACCGUCAUGAAUAAUCUCAAUCCUGUGUGGAAAACCUUCAAAGUUUCCCUCAACUCGCUCUGCAGCGGAGACCAUGAACGCAAACUGCAGUGCACCGUAUGGGACUGGGACUCAAACGGGAAACACGACUACAUCGGUGAGUUCGAGGCUACGUUCAAAGAGAUGAGAGGCGCCAUCGAUGGACGGCAGGUGCAGUGGCCGUGCAUAAAUCCCAAAUACAAAGUGAAGAAGAAGAACUACAAGAACUCUGGGAUUGUUAUUCUGAACCAGUGCAAGAUCAUCAAGAUGCACUCGUUCCUGGAUUACAUCAUGGGAGGCUGUCAGAUCCAGUUUACUGUCGCCAUCGACUUCACAGCAUCCAACGGAGACCCUCGGAACAGCUGUUCCCUGCACUACAUCCACCCGUACCAGCCCAACGAGUAUCUGAAGGCUCUGGUGGCUGUGGGAGAAAUCUGCCAGGACUACGACAGUGACAAAAUGUUCCCGGCGUUCGGCUUCGGCGCUCGGAUCCCUCCAGACUACAAGGUCUCCCACGACUUUGCAGUGAAUUUUAAUGAGGAGAACCCGGAGUGUGCAGGCAUCCAGGGUGUGGUAGAGGCGUAUCAGGCCUGCCUACCAAAGCUGCAGCUCUACGGCCCCACCAACAUCGCCCCCAUCAUCCAGAAAGUCGCCAAGUCUGCCUCGCAGGAGGUGCACACCAAAGAGGCCAUGCAAUACUUCAUCCUGCUGAUCCUGACAGACGGCGUCAUCACCGACAUGGCCGACACGAGGGAGGCCAUCGUUCAGGCUUCCCACCUCCCCAUGUCCAUCAUCAUCGUUGGGGUCGGGAACGCCGACUUCAGCGACAUGCAGAUGCUGGACGGUGACGACGGGAUCCUGCGCUCACCCAAAGGAGAGCCCGUCCUCCGGGACAUCGUUCAGUUCGUCCCCUUCCGCAACUUCAAACACGCAUCUCCAGCUGCUCUGGCUAAGAGCGUGCUAGCAGAAGUGCCCAACCAGGUGGUUGACUACUACAACAGCAAGGGCAUCAAGCCCAAAGUGCCCAGCCAGUACCAGUCUUCCAGGCCGUUUGGUCCAUGAGCCUACUGCCACAGCUGCCGCUGGACAGCACAUCCUGUCCUGGACUGAGAAAAAUGUUUACUGUCUUUUGUUCUUUGUUAAUGCGGAUGAUGAAGGUGCUACCUGCAGUGUCCUAUCAUUACAGCGUGGCUUACUUUAGACCUGAGCACCUAAGGUGAGCAGACGACGUCAGUCUCUCGGGUAGAAGUCGUGAGUCGACUUAGUGCUGGGUCUAAAUUCCACCAAUCUGAACCAGGUCAGGUCUCGUUGUUACCGAUACAGUCUUCUACCCGAGGGUGCAUGCUAUCAUCCAUCAUCACGAUAACUGCCUGAGGGGAAAUCAGAGCAGAAGUUAAAGGAAAAGUGGAGCUGUUUACAAUAGAAAACCUGCUGAUGCGUCAGCUGUUUGUUCCACUUUUAUGCAAAUCAUGGCCAAAGUUUUUAUUUAGACCUGCUUUUAUUUUGGGUGCAAUAAGAAGAAACACAGCUUUCAGUCUGAUGUAGAGCUACUAAUUAUUUAGCUGCAUUAGCCGUGGAACAGUCUUCUUAUUAUAUUGCUGCUCUUUGUUGUUAAUCGGUCGGCAUAACCAACCGCACACCAUCCUGCUGCUGCUGGUUGUCUUCUCUCUCUGCUGGGGUCUGUUCAGGUCGGUUUGACCUGCUAGCUAAACAUAAUGGAAGCCUGUUUUGUAGCCGGGAAAACCUCUACGUUAGUUUGGUUCAAAACAAAAACAGGCGAGAUGCGUUUGGAUUACAUGAGUUUUAGUUAGCAUGCUUCGGGGGGAAAUGGGCCGUGUCAUUGGAUGAGAAACAAACUGAACGACUGAACUUCUCAUGAGAACCUUUCUGCUAUAAAUACUUGUUAAGCUGUAAUUCUUAUUAUCCUUAAAGACUAAAUCUGAUCUGUUCACAUCAGCAUUUUUGCUCAAGGCUACAAAGAAAACUCAAAGCGAGCGUUUGUGGAGUGUGAGGUGGAAUCAAAACGUUCCAAAUAAGAAUCAAACAGGCGCGUUUCAUUGGCCAAUCUGUUCUUCAGGGUCAUCUCUGUGUGUCGCUCUCUGGACGUCCUGUUCAAACAGCAGUAACAUUCACAGCUGUGAUUUCACCCGGGACCUGAAACGCAUGCACAGAGCAAAUAUCAACUUUUUUUGUCAAACUGACCUGAUUUUUGUGACACUGAGCUGAGCCAUGCUGCAUCAGGGGAGGAGUGCAGUCAGGCUCACGUGGACCUGGUUUGGAUUGUGCAGUGAUGCUGUGAGUUAACUGAGAGAAAGACCGCCUGAACUUUACGUUACGCCAACAUAAUCGUUGCCUGAACCAGUCGCGUGAAUUACUCUCAGAUUUGUCACUAAAAUGAUUUGAACACCUUUUCGGCACAUUAGAGUAAACCCAGCACACGCCACAGAUACAACUGAAAGUGACUGGAACAUAACGUCCAGGGAGCGAUUUAAAAGUAGUCCAGCGACGCUGCCUUGAACAGGAGAUUUCACUUUAUUAUUUUAUUAGGUGGAGUGAAGAACAUUUCUUAUUGGAGGCCGUUACAGCCAAUGAAUAUAGAGCAGGGGUCCCCAAUCCCAGUCCAUGAGGGCCAGUGUCCUGCAGGUUUUAGACAUGUCCUUGAUCCAUCACAGCUGAUUUAAAUGGCUGAAUGACCUCAACACAUCCUGAAGUUCUCCAGAGGCCUGGUAAUGAGCUAAUCAUGUGAUUGAGGUGUGUUGACCCAGGGUGAGAUCUAAAACCUGCAGGACACCAGCCCUCGUGGACUGGGAUUGGGGACCCCUGAUAUAGAGAAUAGCAUGACCUGUCUGUGUUGUGCAAACUGCUAGUAUUAAACAAGUUGGUGUCUGUUUAGUGGAAAAAUGUUGGUCCUGUCACUGCAACACUGAGCUUUCCUGUGGACAGAUGGAUUUUGUGGUGACCAGGAUGUGACCCGUGGAGCUGAGGCAUUAAAAGGAACAGCUCGACAAACUAAACUUUAAUUUAGCAAGUUUUGUGAAACCAUUGAUUUAUCUUUUUUUGGCGUAUAGCAUUGCAAAAGGACGAUGACAAAAACGUGUAACGAAGCCUGGAUCUCAUCGUUUAGCUUUAACCAAUCAUAAAAAACUAUGUUCAGCGAGUCGUCCUAAAUUUUCUUCACAAAGUAAAGUGAGCAUUCCUCAAACUGGGACUUUUUGUGGGUGGAAACAACAUUCUGAAACUUCAUUUAGACUUGCAGCAGAAAAAAAGGUUGAGAACUGGGUUAGUCCCAAAAGGGAAGAACAGGAUGAAGGUCAGGAAGGAAUUCAUCACAUCGUAACUUACACGCCUGAAACUGCGAACGUAGCACCUUUAGCAUCCGCUGUGCAUGCAGGGUCGGCAGGCUGAGCAGACUGUAGCGUUCAGGAGUAUUUUAAAUGGAAAAGCACACAAACGAGCAACUCUGACCAAUUAAACGCUGCUUCCCUGCAGACAGCAUGAUGGGCGGGGAACAGUCGAUGAAGGAAUGUAUGACCCCACCCCACCCCCACCUCAUUUGUUUUUAUAAGAGUUUAUUGAGAUUUUUGCUAAAUUUCGUAAGGUUCGUAUGUUGUAAAGCAUUUUGGAUCUCUGCCAGACGAACAAGAGCGCUGCCUUCACUGCAUCCGCCACAGUUUUUAUCUCCAGGUGAGGCAGAUGCAUGAACUGUUGUUUUGCAUGCAAAUCUCCAUGCAGGACUCUACGGUCCUUGUGGUUUCUGUUUCCUGGUAGUGAAUAAUAUGAGUAAUAAUUAUGUUUACAAUUUGCCCAGUGAUGGGGCUGUUCUACUCUCAAGCAUGUUCACAUGUAAAUGACAAUGUGUGAGUAGAUUGAAAAGCACAAAUGGAGCAUCUUUGGAGAAAUUUCUAGAUAGAUUUUGGUCACGUUGUGUCACAACACCUGUCCGUUGGUCCUCAUGCUUUAAAAAAGGAAGAAAAAAGCUCGUUUUCUUUCAGGUUUAUUGCAAAUUACUGAAGCAUUCAUUAGUAUCCAAACCUUUGUAGGACACUGUCACAGAUACUGUCACACUUCUUGGUGUUGGUUAGUAAAAUCCUUCAGAGGGAUCAGAAGUGUCCAAACGGUCGUGUGUGAUCACUUAAACCUACAUUUUUACACAUAUGUUCAUUCAGCAUGUUUUCACAGUUCUUUGCAUGCAGCUCGUUAACAACAUGGUAAUAACUGAGUUAUCAUUUCAGAAUAUAAUACCACGGACUAACCAAGAAAAGCUCGGCACUGUCAGCGGGUAGUUGUGCAUGAAAUACACAGUAAUAGCAGGAAAAUCCAUUUAAAAGUACCAACGAGGGAAAAAACAGUUACUGUGUAUAGUUUAGUUUUUGACAGUGAUGUGCUAACCUGCUGAUAAUGAUGAUGAACAUUAAAGUUUUUACUUUUUUGGCUUAUUUUAACCAAAUACCUUUAAAAUCUAAUAUUAGAAAAUGAUGAAAUGAAUCAUUUAUUUUGGAACAUUUUACCGUGACUGGAAGCACGUGUGUUGCUUUCUGUGUAAGAAUCACACUACACCUCUAUAAUUAUUAUAUUAAUGUUAUAUGGUAUUUACACAGUUGAAGUGUCUUUAUCAGUGAAUGUGCAAAAUUAUCAUGUUGUACACGAGCUGGAAUAUGAAGUAGUGACAGCUCAGCUUCCAUGUGCUUUACAUGUUUCCUUCUCAUAAGGUUGAACUUGAGCUGCUGCACAGGCGCCGUUUCAUUUAGUGAUGAAAGAUUUGUAGUUUUUUAAGACUCUUUGAGCAAAGGUGGAGGACAGGUGUUGAGUCACAUGACCUAUUGUUGUGUUAACAUGCAGUAUUGUGUGCAAAACAAUGAAAAACUGACUUAUAAUAAAGUUUUAUCAGUAAGC